AUGAGCUGGCAUCGUCUGCUAGCUUUCGAAUUCUCUGAUUCCCAAUUCCCAUGUGUUCACUUAGUUAUAUUUAUGUGCCCAUUCAGGUGUAUUUAUUUAUGAGAUUAGGACUACAGAGUCUAUUGGUAUUGUAAUCAUUUCUUAAAAGAUAAAAUGGCUGAACAAAAUUCCACCAAUGAAAUAAAAGAAGAAAAGACAGAAGAAGGAGAGGAAGCAAUAUUGGCUCGGCACCGGAAGGAAAAAAAAGAUAUCCAAGCCAAAAUUCAAGCUUUAAAGAAGACAGCCACAAAAGGAGACAAGAAAAAAAAGAAAGAUGUGGCUGAAGAGAUUGCGAAACUAGAGAGUGAAAUCGAAGCCAAACACGCUGCAGAAUUAAAGAAAAUUCAGGAAUGCUCUUCUGAAACUCAAAAAGUUUCUGAUCAGCUGGAGGAUAUCAGUUUGGAUGGGAAGGGUGAGGGAAAAGUGACAAAGGCUCAGCGAAGAAGAGACAAAAAGCUAGAUCAAGCUAGAGAGAGACUGCAAUUGAUUGAAGAACAGGAUAAGGCAAAUCUUCUAGGAAUUAAGCAUUUAGAAACACAAAAAAUUAAAAGCCUCCUGGCUAAACGAAACCUUACCUUCUUUGAAGUACCUUCUGAUGGGAACUGCAUGUAUGCUGCCAUAGUGCAUCAAAUUAACCGUGGAGGUGUAGCCCAGUCUGUGCAACAGCUUCGUAACCUAGCGGCCGAUUACAUGCGUUCCAAUAUGGAUGAUUUCUUGCCGUUCAUGGACGAGGCGGAGAACGAAGAACAAUACAUGAAAUACUGCGAAGAUGUUCAACGGACCUCUGCGUGGGGGAGCCAGCUGGAGUUGCGAGCUUUAAGUCAAGUUUUACGACGUCCCUUUGAAGUCGUGCAGGCCGAAGGUCGCCCUGUUGUCAUAGGCGAAGAAUUCAUGGAUUCAUCAUGCACUCCGGUACUUCUCACUUAUCAUCGCCACAUGUACGGAUUGGGAGAACAUUACAACAGCGUCCAGCCCCGACCAGCUGGCGACGACGAGGACAACAGCCAAUGAGACUGGUUCUUUCUCUCUCUCUCCCCUUCAGUAAGCUUCAGUUGCAUCAAAACUUAUGGCGAAAUGUCCCUGAACCGUACGCCGUAAAGUUACACCGUAUCAAAGUAAUCAUUAAAGAAAUGCGGAUCAAGAUUCGUUUUUGCUGAAUCAGAUUACGCAAGGACAGCUUGUUUUAUAUUUAUUACCUCCCUACAUGUGCGUAACUUUUUUUUUGUUUCUUUUUGAAAAAUCAGUGGAUUGUUAGUCAGUUUUCCCCCUUUUUUUAUGUUGCUUGUUAGUGUUUCGCAUUGCACGCUACAUGAUCCGUGAGUCACCGUCGGCUAGCUUUAUUUUUAUUUCGUUUCCCAAAAAAGGUUUUAUUUAACGGCUCCCCCCCCUUAGAUUUUUGCACUUGACAAAAUGCAAAUUUAUUUCAGUUUAUUGAAUUUCUGCAAGUUUUUUUUUUCCUAUUUUCAAAACGACUUUGGCAAGUGGGGGUGAGACGACGUGAAGGUGUAACAAAAAGCGGCAUAACGGAUGGGGUUGUAUAUGCAUAGGUGCGUAUGGGUAAUGCCGUAACGUAUUCACCUCUCUAAAUGCCCUUUGGGUUGAGGAGGAGGACAGACAGGAUGUUGUAAAACAUAAAGGAGAGGAAGGUCAUAACAGGUCGGCAAAAGUCGUCGUUUGUCAGCUGACAGAGGGCAAGAGAGAGAGUGAAAGGAAAUUUCUCAAAAAGGAAUAAUUAUUUGGGAGAUGGAAAAGAGAGGAUAGUUGAAAUGUGUUCAAAACAGCAAAGUCGGCUACGUGCGGAACGGGGUAGCUGCGUAUAAUCAGUGAUCAAUGAUGACGGAGUGAUAGCCAAAAUGUAAAAACCGCGUGUUCUCCAUGAGAAGCAAAAUUGCAAAAGGUUUUGAUCAACUACCGCCGCCCGUUGACUGGCAAACAUCGCCGGUUAAUUAAAUGCAUUGGUGAAAUCGGCGACUCUUUGCAGGUGAUGGCACGCAAUAGCUUUUUCAAUGUCCGACGCUGCCAAUUGCCGCUUUGCUAAUAAUCAUUUUUAUUUUGGCGGUGCUGUUUUUUGUUUUGUUUUUUUGUUUUUUUUUCCUGAAAAUUCCAACACGACGUGAAUGUAUUUAACGUUUCUUUGUUUUAUCGCCCGCUGUUAGUCUCGGUCGGUGGCUUAUGGCCGGUUUGUUAUUGCGGUCGGUCUGUUUUCAUUCUGACGUCGAGAUUUAUUCUCUCCCCAACGAAUUACUACAGGCUAUUUGAUUGCUGUACGUGUAGGAUACUAUAGAGGAAUAAGAAAAUGAAUGAACAAGGAAAACGAGAAAGGAGAAAAGCGGGUUAAGGAGGAAUAGUGAGCCGUGACGUGAGGGAGAGAGAAUGAAGAACCUCUCAUCAAAAAAAAUAAAAUAAAAUAAUCGUUGAAGCGGCGUGCAUGACAACACGAUUCAAAGCAGGUAGCGUCGGUCCAUCAGAGACAGAAGAAAGAAAGAAAGAAAGAAAGAAAAGAAAAAAAAAAAGAGUUAAUAUAAUAAAACUACAUGGAACAACAGAA